UGUUCACUGUAAGAGAUAAGAGUUGUCUCUAAGACUCCAAUUCGAGUAACAAUUAAAAUAAUGACAAACCGAUAAUAUACAAUAUUUAUGAAAAUAUCAGUGAAAUAAUAGGUGAAAAUAGUGUCAGUGUAUUAUAAUGGCUUCUGCAUAUAUUAAAGAUGAUCAAGGCGGAACAUUUAUUCCUGCUAGUCAACGUCCAGAUGGUACGUGGAGGAAACCACGUAGAGUUAAAGAUGGAUAUAUUCCCCAAGAGGAAGUUCCUUUAUAUGAAAGCAAAGGAAAGGAAUUUGUAAAAAAUAAACCUAUUUAUCCAGUGGGUUUCUCGCCCGAAUUUAUAGCAGCUCACAAAGCUAAAGUAGAAGCCCAGGCAGCAAAAGCAUCUGGUGCUACAGGUUUAAUUGUUCAAAAUGAUGCUGCAAAGAAGAAAAAGAAGAAGAAAAAUAAAAAUAAAGGCACUAAUGUUUCGGAGAAAUUAUCCGAGGCUUUAGAAAAAACGACAAUCUCAGAGCCUGUUGUUUGUAAACCACAAAAAUUACCCAAUAAUACAGUGCAAUCGGGAAAAAUUAAUAAGUCUGAAAAUACGGAAAAAGAAUCUGAAAUUGUUGAUCCGGCAAAGAGGUUGAAAACAUUAAAGAAGAAAAUUCGGGAAAUAGAAACAUUAGAACUUAAAAUUAAAAGUGGCGAUAUUAAAAAUGCUGAAAAAGAAAUGCGAGAUAAAAUUUUAAAGAAAGCAUCUAUUUUAAAAGAGAUUAAACAACUUGAAAAAAGUCAAUAGUUUGAAAAGAAAAAAAAAAAAAAAAUUUACUAAGUCUGAAAUAUAAUUGUUAUUCGGAAAAAAAAGAUAACUUAGAUUAAUUUUAAAAUUUCUGAAUUUGUCUAAAAUUGUUUAUAUAUUACUUUAUACACGAUCUAAUUCCACUAAAUGUUGUAGCUUUUAUCUAAUUGAUUUAUUGAAUUGUAACUUUAUACACAUGAUUAUUAAAGUGCAUUAUAAACUAUA